AUGGCCACCUCAAGCUCAGACUCCGACGCACCCCCGCAUAUCCCAGGGGAUGAAAAUCCUACUAAGUUCAGAAUUCUCCGAAAGUCUUCGUUGCAGAUCAGGGACAAUGCUCGCUCGCAUAUCAACAAACCAUAUCCACCCAUAUCUGAUACGUUAUCCGCUGGCACGAGAGAAGUCCAACGUUUCAACCGCCAGCAGCCUAUACCUGUUACAGAGGCAACCGGUAAACUGUAUAAAGGGGAUGCCAACGAUGCAACUCGUAAUCAGGAAGAAUUAUCCCUGGCGUUCUCGCUUGAAGAUAGCAAUUGUAUACUGCGGGCCACUCCUGAGUGGCUGGAGUUUCAACUCGACGGCAGUGACCCUUCCUCGUUGCAAGCUGUGACGCCGUUGCGACAAGAAGUUGUAUUGCAAAACGUCAGUAACUAUACUGUUUCAUUUGUUGUGCUUCCCCCCACAUCGAAGGCAUUUUCUGUAUCGUGUCCACAAAAAAAACUCUUCCUGUCUGCGGGAAUGCAGCAACGAGUGCAAAUUUCUUUCUCCCCUGAUGUGUGCGCUCCCCAAUCAGACUUCAUUAAAGUUGUCGUUUCCGCUCAUUCAUUAGAAGAUAUGACAAGUGCUUGUAACAGGAAAGAGCGUGGAAAAGGCAGUCGAUCCCAGGAAUCGCUUUUUCUGAAGCGCAUUCAUCUACGGGCGGUAGUGCGUUGCAGAGUCAAAGAAGAAAAUCUCGUUGCAACACCCAUCAUUGAGUCCAACGGAAAGCAUGAGUGGCAAAAAUACGAAGAAUUUCUGCCAUUCUCAAUGAUAACCUGUUUAGACUUUGGCUCCACUAAGGUGGGGGCGCUGAAACAACGGCGUCUCGUCCUACCUGCAGCUCUAUGGACACCUGUAGAGUUUACAGUAGAACUAACAAAAAAGACUAAUGCGUUUUCCGUGAAGCCGUUAAAAGGCAUCAUCGGCCCUCGGGAUCAUGUGAGUCUUUGGCUCCAGUUUGCCCCUCGCCUUUAUGCCGAAUAUACAGAAAAUUUACUGGUAUUUCUCGGGCCCAACUCAAAUCCCCAUCAGGUUACACUUAUAGGCAACGGUGUACCCUUACAGAUUGAGGGACAGACUUGUAGAAGCUGCGAGGCCCUAGAGAGCCGUCCACAGUUGGAUCCCUCGACAGGAUGCGAGAACGACUGCUCCACAGCUAAGCAGGCCAAACAAAUCAAUUCUGCUCAACAGCUUGGAGAGUGCACAGAUUGUUCGUUAAAUGUGAACAAUGAAGGGGAUCAACUGAACCUAGAGACGUGCGAGGAGUUGCCGGCGAAUGAAUGCAGCCUUAACUUGACAGAGAAUAGGACAAGGCACCCACCCAUCCCUCACCGGCCAAAGCUUCCGUCGAACAGGCGCGAAUCUGCUGCCAGGGGGGCAAACAACGUUGUUACUGCGACAAAUGUUGCUAAACGCCUUGAUAGCAGCAAGUACGGCGACAGUACUAUUUCCAAACAGCACUUGGACGAACGGUGGGCUGAUUUGGUGGCUGUUCUAAGAGCGCAGAAGCUAGGAACGCAAACGGUGAAGGGCGGUACCCUGCCAUCUGAUGGCGCUGUUCAGAAAAUCCAGCUUAAGAGAGCAGAAGAGGUCCAACGGAUGCUACGACUUCUGCAAGUUCAGGAUAGAAACCGCUUCAGCUGUACAUUUGCAGGCGCCCCUGUUGCUCCGUCUCGAAUAACGACUCAGAACACUCCAGACUUUACCUCUAGCUCACAAGACAAAGGGACAACGCUACGACAGCAGUGGAGGAGUGAACUCACCAUUCGGUUUCAACAAGCCGCAGCAGCAGUCGUUCUUCGUACAAGGAUGGUGAAGCGUUUAGAGGCAAUACGCUCGUGGAUACGCUCCCACAGUUUGAGGGAAGAAACGGAGCAGGGACAACUUCAGGAUAAAUACAACCAAAACAACCAGUCCAAAUGCCUAAGCUCCUCUCAACAUAGGCAAGAAAAACAUCUGGAAAAGCGAUCUCCGCAGGCAGUUUCAACUCAUGUUGACACAGCACAGCAAUGCGAAAAGUCUAUAAAUGGCGUGUCCAAGUAUCAAGGUAAUGUCGCGCCUCCGUCAUUAGGCGGAGCAGAAGCCUCAACGACCUGGAAAUCUGUAGAAAUUCCUGCAGGCGUACAUGGACAAGAUUCACGCAUCUUUGGUGAUGAGAGCAGGUGGAGAGUAAAGCUUGUUCCUCCGCGGUUGGUGUUAUCUGCGGACGGCAACGGAGAGUGGGAGUGGCUAAACAUACCGGGACCAGAAUUCUGGGGGAAGGAGAAUCUUAAUGUCGCGGAGUUGUUUACCUGUAUGCAGCAUAAUGCACCAAUGUCACCAUUAUCCAAACGCGACGUUGAUAUUUUUCGUCUCAAGGAAGAAGACGUAGUAACCUGCACUGGAGGUUUAGAAGUCACGGACACGGAUCUCCUCCAGUCUCUCCUAGAGGCAACUCCACCACUAAUCGAUGAUAAGUCCUGGGUGAGAAGCAUGCCAACUUCUAACCAGGCUUCAGAUGACGGUAAAGCCUCGGCGACCAUGAAGUCGAGCUGCCAAGGAAUGAAUGAAACUUUAAAUAAUGUUGCCCUUUUUCCGCCGGAGGACCCGAAUGGCCUGGCCAAAUUAGCUUGGCGUUUUGUUGCGUCGGUGGCGCCCUACUCAAGCGCCUGUAUGCAAUUGCCCCCUAUUGUGGAGACGGACUUCGCGUAUACAUUCCUUCAGGCAGCAAGUCAGGCGAAGGCAAACCAUGCUGAAAAUAAUAUACUGCCGCCUUUUGCGGAAAUUCCCCCGCUCCGCUUCAACCUCUCCGAGCUGUCCUCUGUGGCAGCAGGGACAAUUUGGCCACCCGGUGCGCACCAAAGGUCAAUUCAAGCUUCCCCCGGCAAUCUCGAUGAGCAGGGAGGCGAAAACAGGCGCGAAUCAACCGGGAUGAAUGCUCUGGAACCUUCAGUAGAAAAGGAGACUCACGAGCUCGCCCUUGAGGAAUGCGUUGAUAGAGCAGAAGCUCUUAGAAGGGACAGCAAGGUUCUUACGAAUAUCUGGGGCCUCGCUAGGUGCGAACAACUGGAGCUCCUAAGUGGAAUUAACAACACGCUGCCGCAGGAAUUUCAGAUCCCCUAUUUGUGA